AUGUCUACCAAUGAGAAAACGCUCACCCAUCCUUUCACUGUUGAGGCUGGAGCAGGGACUGACAUUUGGCGAAAGCCCGGGUAUAACGCGUGGAACAUUCCCGAUGUUCAUACCGUCUCGGGCCCACUCAAGUCCUUUGUUUCUGUUCGUGUCACCUUCUCUGCUAAGUGGGAGAACCUCUACGACCAGUCUGGCAUCCUCCUCGUGCCACGCAGACCAUCUGACGCAGCGGCCCCUCACAGCAAGUGGAUCAAGUCGGGUAUUGAGCUCUACGCUGGAAAGCCUCACUUGAGCACUGUCACUUGUGACAGAUUUGCCGAUAUGAGUCUGUACCCUGUGACGGCUACAGAAGGUCAGCGAAUUACACUCCAAGUAGCCAAGGAAGGUGGAAAUAUUUGGGUCCAUCAGCUCAUUCUGGAUGAUGACGGAAGUGUUAAGGACCGAUUGCCACUGAGGGAGAUUUGCUGGAUCUUGUGCGAGGAGCAGGAUGAUUGGGUCUUGGACGUAAGCGCCUUGGCAGCCAGACCUGACAAGACUGCAAAAGGACCCUUGAAAGUCGAAUUCAGUGACUUCAAGGUGCAAUGGAAAGAGUAA